AUGAGGAGAGAUCAGAGAAGUCCAAAACAGGAUCCAAUUUUGAGUUCUCAAUAUGUUGUAUGCGAGGAAAGGUACAACUGCCGUUUUGAAGCACUUGAUCGGACGCUUAGGAAUCUUAUGUCAGUUACCAAUCAACAUAAGACACAUCAAACAUUUGGUGGUAAGAUUGUUGUUCUAAGAGGUGAUUUCAGACAGAUACUUUCGGUGAUUCCGAAAGGAAGUAGACACGAUAUAUUAGCAUCCGCUAUUAACUCAUCCCAUCUGUGGUCAUUUUGUAAGGUUCUAAAACUGCAUACGAAUAUGAGGCUUCUAAUGUCUUCUUCGGAUCAAGAUGAAGGUGAAAUGAAGAUAUUUGCUAAUUGGAUACUUGAUGUUGGAAAUGGAAAUAUUGACUCUGUUGUUGGUGAUGAAUUAGAAGUUGAAAUUUCAGAUGAUCUAUUGAUUACAACUACUGAUGAUCCUCUCUCUCAUUUGGUAGACUUUGCAUAUCCAAAUUUGUUGCAAAACAUAUCAGAUUACAGGUAUUUUUAG